AUGGCUUCCACGAAUGGCAUGGUCCCCAUAACCCGGGCUUUUCUUUCCUCUUACUACGAUAAAUAUCCAUUUUCUCCGAUUGUGUCUGACGUCUCUCGUCUUUCCGACGAGCUUCACAACAUGUCCAACGAUCUCCAUAAGGAUUCUCCUCCACUCCCUGAAGGGGAAAAAUUAUUGGUUCAAGAAGCAGAGUCCCAACCACCACACAAACUGGAUGAGAACAUGUGGAAGAAUCGGGAACACAUUGAAGAAAUUCUUUUCUUGCUUCAAAGCUCUCAUUGGCCAAAAUCUCUUCAAAAACAGUCUACACCAGAAGACAUUGAACUUGCUCAAGUUCUUAAACAACUAAACAAUAAAUUUGAAGUUGCAUUAGAGCUUGUGGAAUCCUUCCAAACAAAAAAUUCUAAUAAUGUGUUCAACACAGUUAUGAGCUACAUGCCACAAGAUUUCAGAGGCACAUUAAUCAGACAACAAAGAGAAAGGUCUGAAAGAAAUAAGCAAGCAGAAGUUGAUGCUUUAGUAAAUUCAGGUGGGACUAUACGUGACCGAUAUGCCCUUCUUUGGAAUCAACAAAUGGAAAGGAGAAGACAGUUAUCUCAGCUUGGAUCUGCAACAGGUGUAUACAAGACUCUUGUGAAAUAUCUAGUGGGAGUGCCACAGGUUUUACUGGAUUUUAUCCGACAAUUAAACGAUGAUCAAGGGCCCAUGGAGGAGCAACGACAUCGUUAUGGGCCCCCUCUGUAUUCCCUGACAAAAAUGGUGCUCAAUAUUCGCCUUUUUCUUUCAUUGUCAUGGUGGCGAUUUGAAGAUAUUAAGCUUGAAAAGCAUCAAAUAUCCAUCUUGGAAGAAGCAGUUCAAGUCUAUGUUUCUGAGUUGGAAAGAUUUCUGAAAUUCAUUGGGGAGGUCUUUGCAAAUUCACCUUUCUUUCUUACAGCUGAAGAAGCUGGUGCAAUAGAUGGAAUUAAAAAUGAUGGAUAUAGUGAAACUGCUGUUGCUGCUGGAAGAACUCAUGAGGUUUCAUUGAUGGUGGACUCAGUAAAUUCAUACAUUGCUUGGGAUUUCUCCAUACUGCAAGGGAAAAUAAGCACGGACAUUGGGUUUUGUGUGGAGCACACAAGUUCUUCUGGACAGAAAACACUUAUCUUGCCCUACAGGCGAUACGAGUCUAACCAAGGUAAUUUCUGCACAGUCAUGGCUGGCAACUACACACUUGUAUGGGACAAUUCGUAUUCAACCUUUUUCAAGAAGGCUCUUCGCUACAAAGUGGAUUGUAUUCCACCUGUUGUAGAACCAGGGCCCUCAAUUGGAUUGGAAGCUGAAGAGAGGGGAUAAUUUGAUGUGUAAACUUUUUAACUAUGUUAUUAAUGAUUUAUCCUUGUAAAAAUCGUUGUUUCAUUGCACUCUUGAGCCUUAAAUUUGUAGUAGAUGUUUGUAAAGUUAUAAAAAUUGUAAACAAUAUGAGUUUGUGUAAGCAAUCAUGAAGUUUGAACAUUGUUACUUGCUUGGACCG